CAUCUGCCCUGUUUUCCCCUUGUCCCGAAUACCGAUCCUGAUCUAUCUUCGUUCUGCGCAGGUGGUGGCGACUGGAGUCACGAUGUCCGCCGCCAAACACUGCCACGAGCGGGCCUGCAGCAGGCAAGCGACGUCGCCCGUCGAGACGGGACUGGUUGUGGGAGAAGCUGCUGACGAGAGACGCGCCGUCAGCUGCCCACCGUGGCAGGACAUACAGCAGGCCAGCGACGUCGUCGUCUGCCGGGAGCCCGCGACUUGUCUCCGGAGGAGCUACGCGGUUCGUUGGGGGAUCGAUCUGGCGAAGGAGAAGCUCGGGCCGCGUGGUUGCCGGAGCCAUGGCGGGACGCAUCAUUAUCUACAACCUCGUGGAUUCACCCGAGUGAAAAGUGGGAUCCUUUUCCAGGAGCCGAAGCUGCUGCGACGCCUGCUGUCUGCCGGCACCGGUGGUGCCAUCUUCGUCAGACUUGGAGGAUUUAGACCACCAUCUUUGGAUGCAUUCGCGGCAGCACGGCCGCAUUUCGUACAGAGUCUGCGAGGCUGUUUGGUUACUGCCCAAGUCCGCCCAGCCAAAUCGCGGGCGCUGUGGGCGCGCCAAAAUAUCGGCGAGCAAAUCGGCCGCCCGCGUCUCCCAACGAUUUGGCGUAGAAACAGAGGGGGAAAGCUACAGCGGGCUUGGCGUGCCAAAAUUUGGGUGCUCAUCCAAACGAGAUGUGAAGCCCUGGUCAACGCCAAUAUUUUGGCUGGGCAGACACGGGCUACGAUCCAAACAACCCCUGCAAGGCCUUGGAGGAGGCUCAAAUGCGUGGAUGCUUGUGGCUGGGCGCACAAUCCAUGGCCAAUUCUGAAUUACACACGCUCAUCAGCCAAGCCAUCCUUUUGGGUUUUGGUAGACAUAACGGAGUAUAUUCAGCCACACUGCCCGUAGCCAAAACAAGUACUCGAAGAAACAGUCAAUGCUGUGGUGCAAGAAGUGUGAGAACUUCAGUUUCUUAUAGCUGGUAGAUCUCCACGUGAUAGCUCUGGUGAAAUCUAGCAUGAUCAAGACUGGUGGUACACAGUAAUAUAGGAGCAUCAAGAGGCAUUGUUAUGGCCGAUGAAGAAUGAUCCAUUCAAACAACAAUGGUGUCGCUCAAUUGAAGAUUAAUAAAUAUAAUGUUUUCUAGUCGUCUCGCUUUCCAGUUAGAUAUGAGCAAGUACGUGGUCAUACAAGGAGUGCUUUAUAAUUCCAGAAUUAUAUGUCAGAAUUUUGUUAAUUAUACGAUUUCUAUUAAUGAAAGCGGCUAUGAUCUUUUUCAAUUCACA